AUAUGUGCAAUACGCUCUAAAUACAAGGAGCCAACCCAAAUGUUAAACCUUCUAGUCUGUAUAAGAAGACGAACAUCAUAUCAUAUCCAUUUUUUGUCGUGUGCCUCAUCACUCCGAUCUCCGAUUCUUAGACAUGGAUUCUAGCAGGGGCCAGAACGGAAUUCAACAAUUGUUAGCUGCAGAGCAAGAAGCUCAGCAAAUUGUUAACGCUGCCCGAAACGCAAAAUUAGCUCGGCUAAAACAAGCGAAAGAAGAGGCCGAGAAGGAGGUUGCCGAAUUUCGUGCUCAAAUGGAAGCUGAAUAUCAAAGAAAGCUCACUGAGACAAGUGGAGACUCAGGUGCUAACGUGAAGCGUCUUGAGAAAGAAACCGAUGCAAAGAUUCAACACCUAAAGACUGAGGCCGAAAGAAUUUCAGGUGAUGUUGUCGGGAUGCUACUGAAGCACGUGACUACUGUAAGGUAUUAAACUCCGCUUCCAGAAUCUGUUUUGUCUGCAUGUCGGGUUUUUUCUUCUCCAUUUUGCAUGUGUAUCGUCCUCUCUGUUGAUUUCUCGUUAUUGUACGAUUACUGUUCAUUUGUUUUUGGAGAUCACAAACUCCAUGAUGUUAAAAAUGUAAUGAAAAUAUAUAAGGUAUUGGUUUGUGUAUUGAAUUCGGUUAUUCUGUUACAAA